GGGGAGCCGGGUGCCGGCAGCGGGAGGCUCCUCAGGCCGCUCCUCCCCUCAGGCCGCGGCGGGAGCUCGGAGCCCCGCGGGACCCGGGCCCGCUCCAGGCCGUGCCGUGCCGUGCCGUGCCGUGCCGUGCCCCGGGCGGGGGCCGCGCCGUGCGGGGCGGCUCCAGCGGGAAAAUGGCCUCUCGGAGGAUCACCCGCGAGACGUUCGAGGCCGUGGUGCAGGACAAAGUUAAACGGUACCGCAUGGAGCGGAGCGAUGCCGCGGGGGAAUCCAUCCAUCAUUUCAAAGCUCACCCCAGGCCGCUGCCCCGGCCCCGCUACAACGAGAGCUUCCACGACGACGGGAGGUUCCCUCACGACAAUUCCCAGCCCCACGAGGACUGGGGCGAGGAUCCCAGGGAGGAUUAUCCCAGGGAAGACUACCCCGGCCCUUCCUACAGAGCUGCCAGCCCGCUGCUCCGCAAGGACAACUAUUUCCACGAACAGUUCGGCCGCCCCGCGCCCCGGGAGCGGGAAUUCGGCCGGGAUUACGGGCGUCCCGCUCCCCAAAACCGGGAAUACGGGCGUGCAGCUGCCCCAAACAGGGAGUACGGGCACCCCGCUGCCCAGAACCGGGAGUACGGACCCCAGAGCCGCGACUACGGGCGGCCAGAGAGGGACUACGGGGGGCUGGCACCUCAYGAGCAGGACUACGGCCCCUCCGAGUCCUGGGAGGCCAGCGGGCCGCACCAAGCCGACUUUGGCUCCUCGGAUAUYUUAGGGGAUUUCAGGUCACCGGGGCUGCUGGAAGAGGAAUAUGGCGGCGUGGAGAAUCAGGAGUACGAGGUGGAGUUCGGGGCGCCSGACAGCGAAUUCCGGCCCCCGCUGCGGAGGGGAGGCGUGGGCAGGGGCAGGAUCCUGCGGGGGAAGCGCCUCACCAGGGGGGUGCUGAAAACCAAAGUGUUCAAAGGAGAGCUCAAAGCGCCCCUCAAGAAGUGGAACGUGAAGAAGCCGCAGCCAGGCCCGGAUCCCCAAGCGCUGGAGCAGCCUCUGGAAGCUGCCGAACGCCCCGGGCAGAGGCCACCGCCCCUCCAGCAGCGCCCCAGCCCCAAGCUGCCCCCGCGCCCUCUGGCAGCCCAGAGACCCAUCCUGAGGCUGCCCAAACCCGCCCACGUCUUCAGGAACCUCAACUUCGACCUGGUGGAUAAAUCUGACAUUUUUUCCACCUUCGGCGUCGAAAUCAUCAAGUGGGCCGGGUUCCACGCCAUCAAGAACGACGCCGAGUUCUCGCGGCUCUUCGGGGCCCUCUUCGAGCUGGAGACUGAGACCUGUGCCAAGAUGCUGGCGUCCUUCAAGUGCUCGCUGCGGCCCGAGCACAGGGAUUACUGCUUCUUCACCAUCAAGAGCCUGCAGCACGCCGCCCUCAAAACCCCCAAGGUGGACAACGAGUUUCUGAACAUGCUGCUGGACAAGGGCGCCGUGAAAACCAAGAACUGCUUCUUCGAGGUGAUCAAACCCUUCGAUAAAUACAUCAUGAGGCUGCAGGACCGGCUGCUCAAGGGGGUCACCCCUCUGCUCAUGGCCUGCAACGCCUACGAGCUCAGCAUCAAAACCAACGGCUUCGGCAACCCCCGCGAGAUGGCCAACGCCUUCGAGACCACCGUGUCCCUGUGCCGCAAAUCGCUGGCUCUGCUGGGCCAGACCUUYGCUCUGGCCUCUGUGUUCAGGCAGGAGAAAAUCCUGGAGGCCGUGGGGCUGCAGGAGAUGGCUCCGGCGCCAACGCUCUUCCCGAAUUUCGACGAUUCCACGCUCUUUGGGAGGGAGUACAUUGAGAACYUGAAGGCGUGGCUGGAGAAGAGCGGUUAUCCCAUCCAGAUGAAAAAACCUGAGCCCGAAUCCACGGAGCAGCUCCAGGCACCCUCCCCUGACACCAAAGCCCCGCAGCGAGCUGACAGGAAAGUUGUGGACACAAUUGAGCAGYUGGUGACCAGCAUCGUGUCAGGAACUCUGUCUGCCAAAGACAGGAAUGCUCAGAAGAACUGUCCCGAAUAUUGGUUCCUGUGUGACGAGGACAGCCUGGAGUACAAAUAUUACCGUUUGAGGCUGGCGGAGGAGCAGAGACGGGCCCAGCCCGGCGAGGCUGCCCAGGGCACCGCCCCCGAGUCCCUGCGGGCCCUGCUCUACGCCCGCAGGGUGGCCAGCAUCAAACGGAGGCUGUUCAAGAGGAAAAGGCUGCCACUUGUCCCCCAGCGUGCCACCAGGCCCAGGAAGGUGAGGAGAGCAACCACGGGCACGCAGACCGUGCUGUCGGCGGGGACAGUGCUGAAGCACCAAGACAAACAUCUUCCAGGUGCAGGCCAGGCCCAGAGCCCCGGGCCAGAGCCCAGCCUGGCCCAGCAAAGCCCUGCCCAGGACAGCCCCUCGGCCUCCCACGGUGCCACCAGCCCCSAGGGCUCCGUGCCAGCCCAGGACAAGGCAGAUCCUGAGGAUGUGUCAGCAUCACCAGAGCCUUUCCCACCGCUGGCCUCUCAGUUUCCUGAUGUGGAUGCCAAAACCAUGGAAACUGCAGAGAAACUCGCCAAGUUUGUGGCUCAGGUAGGACCCGAAAUCGAGCAGUUCAGCAUAGACAACAGUGCAGAUAACCCCGACCUCUGGUUCCUCCAGGAUCAAAACAGCUCCGCUUUCAAGUUCUACAGAAUGAAAGUUUAUGAGUUGUGUCCCUCCAUCAACUUCAAUGCCGAGGCAGCUGAGGCUGGAGAAAAUGCCAAAGCUGGGGAGAGAACCCUGGAGAUCUCAGAAGAGGAAGAGGAGGAGGAGGAAGAGGAAGAAGAGGAAGAAGASAACGAGGAGGAAGCUGAGUUUGAGGAGGAAACCUCCCAAGCUGUGGAAGAGGCGGAGGGGGACGAGGAGGCCGUGGCAGCAGGUAGAAGUGUGGCAAGGCUAGAGGAAGAGCUGCUUUCCAGAGCAGGAGAGGAGGUGGCAGGAGCUGAAGCGCAGCUUGGCAGCCCCUCUGAUGGUGCUGUCCCAAAUCUGUCGACACAGGCACCCGGCCCGGCCCCCGGCGCGCGCUUCCCCCGCAAACGCAUCAGCAGCAAGUCCCUGAAAGUUGGSAUGAUCCCGGCUUCCAAAAGGAUCUGCCUCAUAGAGGAGCCCAAAGUGCAUGAACCUGUCAGGAUUGCUUAUGACAGACCCCGGGGYUGCCCUGUCACAAAGAAGAAAAAGAAACCGAAGGAUUUGGAGUUUUCCCACAAGAGGCUGACCCCCAGGAACGUGGGGUUCCAGAUGCUGCAGAGGAUGGGAUGGCAGGAGGGGCACGGCCUGGGCACACGGGGCAGGGGCAUCCGCGAGCCUGUCAAAGUGGGUGCCACCUCUGCAGGGGAGGGCCUGGGCGUGGCGGGGGAGGAGAACAAAGAGGACGCGUUCGAUGUKUUCCGGCAGAGAAUGAUCCAGAUGUACCGGCAGAAACGAGCCAGUAAAUAG